AUGCAAUUUGGUUGGCGAGUAGGAUUUGUGACCCGUAUAUCGGUCCAUACUGGUUUCUUCUCUGGUGUACACGUAAAUACCACUUUUGUCGGUGACAAAGUCAUUUUGAACUCAGGCUCUCCGGGUCUAGAAAGUUGUCAGCUUGAGAAAAAACAGAUCAUAAUGGCUACCUUACCGAACCUGUUAAAAUUCAAAUACGAAGGGGAAGUCUCUGAACGACUUCUAUGUACGCUGCAUGAGCUAUACGCUAUUUAUGGAUCUACCAGUUAUUUUCCGAGAGAUUUCAUACUACGACGACUGCUUGAGCUAGGGUCUGGCUUAAGUGAGCGGUUCAGGCGAGGAAUUCUUCCAGCUAGCUUUUUUGUAUCUCUUAUCGCAAAACUGGAAAUUAACUAUAUUGAUUUCAUAGAAGUUUUGUCAUCGGAAUACAGGACGGGCGACCCUUGGUGGACUCAAAAUGAAGCUGGACAGAGAUAUAUCAUGGAAGUUGGUAUAGCCGUAGUGCAAGCGUUCCUGGAUAGCGGAGCAAAGUUCACUCCUAUGGAAAGAGCAAAAAUAGCUGCCAUUUGUGAUUCCUGUGUGUCAAUGUUUUCACUUGAUGCUCGAGCUGUUUCAUCACAACACCUUCUACAGCUCGAUCGACACUUCUCUGCAUUACAUCUCCGUCUUACUGCUAUGUCCUCAUAA